AUGAGCAAAGAAAGCAAGCCCCUCCCUCAGCUGAUCCAGAGCUUCAGUCCUGAUGCUUCACUAACAUCUACUGCUGCUCUGCAUCACAGCAUCAGAAUCAGUCAGAUUACUGCACAGAUCAAACUGUUCUACAUCACUGUGGUGAAGAAAGCAGACAUGGUGGAUAAGAACAUGACUGAUCAGAUGAGAGCUGAGAGAGAUGCUCUGGCUCUCAGUAAAAGUCCUUUUAUUGUGCACCUGUUUUACUCUUUACAAACUGCAACUAAAGUCUAUCUGGUGAUGGAGUAUCUGAUUGGUGGAGAUGUAAAAUCACUUCUUCAUAUUUAUGGAUACUUUGAUGAGGACAUGUCUCUGAAAUACAUCUCAGAGGUCGCACUCGCUCUGGAUUACCUUCACAGACACCGCAUUAUUCACAGGGACUUAAAACCAGACAACAUGCUCAUCUCAAAUGAGGGUCACAUUAAACUCACUGACUUUGGGCUCUCCAAGGUUAAACUUGACAGGGAACUAAACCUGAUGGACAUUUUAACCACACCUUCUUUGGUGAAACCUAAUAAAGAUUAUUUCAGAACACCUGGUCAAGUUCUGUCACUGAUAAGCUCCCUUGGCCUCAAUACCCCGGUGACAGAAGGCAAGCGUCACAGCAGCACAUUGUUGGGCAGCCCCAUGUCCUGCGGCAAAGUCAAGCAGAGGAAUAGUUCUCUGUGUUCACCUCUGCUGAAGAGACGGGCUGAUCAUCUGAAUUCACCAGUAUGCACAACUCGAGCUCUAGGAUCCAACAGUGUGUUUAGUCCUGGCCUGCUGGCUAAGAGUUUGACACCAAGGCUGAUGAAAUCCAGGAAUAGAUUUGAGACUCUGAGUGUUGGGAGUGCCCACUCAUGCCUGUUACCAUCCACUACUGACUCUGAAGACUGUGUCAGUCCCAUGUGGGAAGAUGAGCAGAAUUUACAAGAUGGUGAGAAGCUUCCACAGUUAAACGGAAGAGAAGUGGGCAAUAGAGUGUCAAGAAACAUUCCCUUGACACCUGUGGAAAGAAGGAAGAUGUUUCCAGCACGAGUUCAAGAUCACAGCACUGUUUUGACUCCACUCAAUAAACAAGUGGACAAUAGCAGAAUUAUUAAACCAGAUAUUUCUGCAAAGAGACUCCAAUUCAGUGCAUCUGACCACUGUGCUACUCCACUGGGUAAGGCUGAUCCCCAUCAAUCAAGUCUUAUGAAACCGGAGCCGCCAACAGAACCCAAAUCCUCAGUAAAGAGAGCUUUUGACGAAGUAGAGAAAAGCCCAGAGCAGGCUGAGAUCCAUUGCAAGAAAAACAACACUGUUUACAAGAGGUCUUUCCACAUUCCUGAGGACAAAUCAAGGGCCCACACAGGCUUGACAGGAAUUUUCUCCACUGUGGGGCUUGAUGAUGUUAAAAGUGCACAGAUAUGUCAAAAGAUGAGUGAGAGAAUGGGCCAAAAGCAAUCUAGUCCCAUAGCCGUGGCCAAAAAUCUCUUUUGUGAUCUCGAAGAUCAAGGUGAGGAGGUGGCUUUGCCUAAAACAGAGGCCAACUCGAGCUCCCCGACCUCACCCGGUGAUGACCGAAAUAUCAGAAGAAGCCUUAGUUUAGAUUCGGACGGCUCAGCCCAUGAGAUGUCAGUGGUUAAACAAGAGGCUUUGUCGUCCUCUUUUGAGGAGCUGGAUGAAAAUGAGAUUUCUGUAGUCACACCGGUGGCCCGGCCCACCUUGGCUACACCAAAGCACAGCAGUGCAAAGCAGCAUAGGGGUAGAUCUGAGCGUUCUCUUCUUGGCCAUCCUCGUGGGUUGUCUGACAGUAUGGUCAAAUCACCUGGCUUCCUCAAACCCAGGAACGUGGUUGCAUUUAGGAGCUACUGCAGCUCCAUUAACCGCUCUUGUACUUCACAUCUCAGCCUGGCCUCUUUGGAUGCCAUGGAGUUGUCUGCGUCAGCCUCCUUCCACAAUGCCCCGUCUGCAGUGACUCCAGUUCAGGAGAAAAGGCCCAGUCUGAGCAGCUCACUUUACCAGACUCCACAGCAGAUGGUUGUGUCUCACACUCCCUAUAGGACACCAAAAAGUGUUCGUAGAGGUCCAGAACGUGUGGAAGGGGCUCCUAUCCUGGGAACUCCUGAUUACUUGGCACCGGAACUUUUACUAGGCAAAGCUCAUGCGGCAAUGGCCAUGGUCAGUGUUGCCACCUUUUGGACCUACUAA